CGAAAGAAAACAAAACAACGCGGUCUGUUUAGCAGCUUGCUAGCUGGACGCAGCUAGUAGUGUGGAGCUAAAGGCUAACCAUCAGGCUCAGGGAGAGUUCCGUGAGUUUGUCGAUGUACUUUAUACAUUUAAAGGAUUUUUAAGACAACUUUUCACGUGGUAUUUUCGUCUUGGGAUAAAUGGCGCUGGUAAUUAAGUUUUGGUGUAGAUAUUAUCACUCCACGGUGUAGGCUGACACCUGAUACUGUUUAUCUGUGUCUGCUGCUAGCCACGUAAACUGCUGCUGCUGUUGACGUAGCAGAGGCUACCUGCUUUAGUUACAAGUUAUUUACACAAGUCGUCGCCACCCUGCCUAGAAAGUCAAGUAUCCCCCGGAGACAUGAACUGCAACCCAAAAUGCUUUAGCUGGACCUGAGCGAGUGGUUCCUGUUCCUUUGAGCGGAUGAUGAAGCGGGUCAUCUGGGUGAUUUCAGGCUUAAACAGAAGAAUGAUGAAGCUACUUUUUGCCCUCGCUUUGAUCGCCUACAUUGCCUCUGUUUGGGGAACAUAUACAAACAUGAGGUCAAUACAAGAACAAGGAGAAGUAAAGAUCGAGCAGAAAAUUGAUGAAAUUACCGGCGGCGCUGGCUUUGUGGGCUCCCAUCUGACUGACAAACUGAUGAUGGAUGGUCACGAGGUGACCGUGGUCGACAACUUCUUCACAGGGAGGAAAAGAAACGUGGAGCACUGGAUUGGCCACGAAAACUUUGAACUCAUUAAUCAUGAUGUGGUGGAGCCUCUUUACAUUGAAGUGGAUCAGAUCUAUCACCUGGCGUCUCCAGCUUCUCCUCCCAACUACAUGUACAAUCCCAUCAAAACCCUGAAGACUAACACAAUUGGCACUCUUAACAUGCUCGGACUGGCGAAACGUGUGGGAGCAAGACUUCUACUGGCCUCUACUUCAGAGGUUUAUGGAGAUCCAGAGGUACAUCCUCAAAAUGAGGACUACUGGGGACACGUGAACCCAAUUGGUCCUCGAGCGUGCUACGAUGAGGGGAAACGUGUGGCAGAGACCAUGUGUUAUGCCUACAUGAAACAGGAAGGAGUGGAGGUGAGAGUGGCCAGAAUCUUCAACACAUUUGGUUCCCGGAUGCACAUGAAUGAUGGACGUGUUGUCAGUAAUUUCAUCCUUCAGGCUCUACAAGGAGAACCUCUCACUGUAUAUGGGGCUGGUUCCCAAACUAGAGCUUUCCAGUAUGUAAGUGACCUGGUAAACGGCCUCGUGUUGCUGAUGAACAGUAACAUCAGCAGUCCGGUCAAUCUGGGGAACCCAGAAGAACACACCAUACUGGAGUUUGCCCGCCUCAUCAAAAGUCUUGUUGGGAGCCGAAGCCAGAUCCAGUUUUUGUCAGAAGCCCAGGACGAUCCCCAGAGGAGAAGACCUGACAUAAGAAAAGCAAAGAUGAUGCUCGGCUGGGAGCCAGUGGUGCCACUGGAGGAAGGUUUAAAUAAAACUAUUCAGUACUUCAGCAGAGAGCUGGAGCACCAGGCCAACAACCAGUACAUCCCCAAACCCAAAGCCGCCCGCAUGAAGAAAGGCAGACCCAGACACAACUGAGACGACACAAGUCCGCACUUCUCUACAAAACCGAGACAUAAGACUCGACGCAGAGCAACUCAACGCAGAGCAACUCAACGCAGAGCAACUCUUCGGAGUGCUCUGCUGAGUAGCGCACUUUUGGGAACAGUUCUGUUUUAAAGACAAAAAUCAAAGAUGAAGGCCGGUUUUUCUUUAACCUCGUCUUUUUAAAGCUAGUGUUGCCUUGUUAUGGAGCUGCAGCUGUGUUGUGGUGAGGCCUUUUUUUUUUAACUGAAGCAUAGGCUACAGACUUAAAGCUGAAAUCCAGCCUAUGUGUUUUUGCUAUUUAAUGCACCUCAGUGAGAAACCUGCAGCUAAGACGGAGCAGCCAUGUUUUGGGUUUUUGAAUCAUUUUUUUGUUGUUGUAUUGUGUCCAGAGAUGAGCUGCCUUGGUUUGUUGCUUUCCACUGGAUGUUCUGUUGUCAGUGACUCCCAGCUCUCUGAUGGUUGUACCCUGCAGUGCACAGCAGGCCUCAGACAAAUCGUCAAGAACUGUUGCGUCAUAAUUAAGGUUUUCAAAGCCAUUCUGUUUGUGAAAUGUCACGUGAGGAUGUGAGCUAUUCUAUUGAUGUGAAAAUGAUAUUUUAAUAAAAUAUUUCUACUAGUUUGUGAAUGAAA